GGGGUCCAAGUAGGGGCUCCUGCGGCUGCUGCGGUGGCAGGAAGUCCCCGCGAACUACAAAUCGAGGCAUGCUGGGAACAUUCCCUGCUCCUCCCAGGAAAUGUCCUUUGUCCAGCCCCACAGGAAACCCCAGCGAAGAGGUAGCGGGCAGCUAGCCCGAGUGCCAGCCCGCGGCCGCACCGCCGCCGCCGCACCCGGCAAACGCGCGGGCGCCAGGCUCCGGCAUUGCGCUCGGAGCUGCCCGGCGCAUCGCAGGAAUCCUUGGUUAUCUCCUUUGCCCUUUUCUUGCUGGAUGGAACAGAAAGAUAAUCAGGGUGCAUGUGAACACCAGAAUUUCGCAGACAGAGAUAUGGGUUCUGACUUUGAGAACUCUGAGGACAGAGAAGGGGACCCAGAAGAAAGAGGAAUGGGCUCCAAUCCACAGGACAUGGAAGAGAGGGGCCACCUGGAGCAGGAGAUGGACCCCAACCCACAGGAUGACGAUCUAAGAGGAGACUCACAAGAGAGGGAAAUAGAAGGGCUGCUGAGUGAGGAAGAAGGGACUGUCCUCCCCGAGGAAGAGGACGACCAGCCUGGUGUGGCUGACAUGGCACUGUUCCCAGGCCUGUCAGAAUCUGACAGUAUAUCCCGGAGUCCCCGGGGAGAGGAGGAGGAGGAGGAAGAGGAGGAAAGCGCUGGGGAGAACCGGCUGAUGGAGGAGGAAGAGCAGGUGCCUCCCCCGGUGCUUCCCUGGAGGCGUCACCUCUCACUGGGGGGUCCACACCGAGGUGACAAACCUGCCCAUCGCCGCUUCCACCGGUUGCAUCACCCCAUGGCCAUGGACCUCGGGGAACUCGACAGCCUCAUGGUCAGCAUCAUGGACGCGCCCACCAUCUGCCCGGACUGCGGGGAGAGCUUCAGCCCGGGGGCUGCCUUCCUGCAGCACCAGCGCAUCCACCGCCUGGCUGAGGCCGCUGCUGUGGCCAGCCUGGAGCCCUUCGGCUUGGCGGCCGAGUGCGGUGGGGUGGUGGGGAUGAUGGGCAUGGGCGUGGCCGGCGGCUUCGGGGCGGGGCCCGCGCUGGCCCGGCCCCCUCGCGAGAAACCCUUCCGCUGCGGCGAAUGCGGCAAAGGCUUCAGCCGCAACACCUACCUGACCAACCACCUGCGGCUGCACACGGGCGAGCGGCCCAACCUGUGUGCGGACUGCGGCAAGAGCUUCAGCUGGCGCGCCGACCUGCUCAAGCACCGGCGCUUGCACACGGGCGAGAAGCCCUACCCGUGCCCGGAGUGCGGCGAGGCCUUCAGCCUCAGCUCGCACUUGCUCAGCCACCGGCGCGCGCACGCGGCGGCCAGCGGGGCGGGCUCGGCGGCGCUGCGGCCCUUCGCGUGCGGGGAGUGCGGCAAGGGGUUCGUGCGCCGCUCGCACCUGGCCAACCACCAGCGCAUCCACACGGGCGAGAAGCCGCAUGGCUGCGGCGAGUGCGGCAAGCGCUUCAGCUGGCGCUCGGACCUGGUGAAGCACCAGCGCGUGCACACGGGCGAGAAGCCUUACAUGUGCUCCGAGUGCGGCGAGACCUUCAGCGUGAGCUCGCACCUCUUCACGCACAAGCGCACGCACUCGGGCGAGCGGCCCUACGUGUGCCGCGAGUGCGGCAAGGGCUUCGGCCGCAACUCGCACCUCGUCAACCACCUGCGCGUGCACACGGGCGAGAAGCCCUUCCGCUGCGGCCAGUGCGAGAAGCGCUUCAGCGACUUCUCCACGCUCACGCAGCACCAGCGCACGCACACCGGCGAGAAGCCCUACACGUGCAUCGAGUGCGGCAAGAGUUUCAUCCAGAGCUCCCAUCUCAUCCGCCACCGCCGCAUCCACACCGGCAACAAGCCUCACAAGUGCGCCGGCUGCGGCAAGGGCUUCCGCUACAAGACGCACCUGGCGCAGCACCAAAAAUUGCACCUGUGCUAGGGCGGGGCCCGAACGAGGCAUCGCUGGGAGCAGACGGCUUGGUUACUGAUCCUGUAGAUGUGGGGGAAGGGGCGGGAGGGAUGGCCUGACAGUGUCCGGGGGGAGCUUUUUAAUGCUGGGGGCUCCCCCAAAGGGACGGUUAAUAAGAGUUGUUAUUUCGAGGUGCCUACCUCCUCCAUGGAAGUAACUCUUGGGAGAUGUGCUUGAGUUGAUGACUUGCUUAAAUACACACUGUAAGGGAUGACGAGUUUGGGUGAACAGACGCUUGGAGGACCCCCGCCCCCGAGGAAGAGGAUUUGGGACUGGGUAGAGAGGGUUGGCUGCCGUGCUUUUGGGAACCCUCCCGGUUAUGGGGGGUACAAUAAAACGCGGGUAGGAACAAGUCUGUGACACCUCUCAUACUAGCUUUAGUCAGACCCUUCUCAUUCCUAUAGAAAAGGGUGUUUGGCUCGUGAGCCACAGUUAGCUGCUAUUUUGAGACAUCCAGGGGAAAUUGAGCAGAAAUCCCGCACAGUUACUUCAAGGGGCGACCUCACGUUCAGAAAAUACCACUAACAACUGGCUCCCAGAUUUCUUAGGAAAUUCUGCACUUGUUUCUUCAUGUUGGGUCAGCGUUGCCUACGUGGGUGGGUGACCCUGACCCCUGUGUAAGUCGGGAGCUGCCUGGUCUUAGUCCGGCUUGGUACGUUGUGUUUCAGGAGAACUGAAGACCGUCAACAGAAACGUGUCCCAAAAGUCAGCCAGCUCAGCUUUGCUGGCUUCGUGUGGAAAAUGCAAGAAAGCUGAGUUCACAGGAGGGGAUGCCUUCAUUUGCAUGUGUGUGCACUGACCCCAUGAACCCCAAGGUCGCACAAAUUAAUGAGGGCUCUAAUCCAGACAGGGGUUUCUCCUACUGCCCCCACAUAUGAGAGGCUCAGAUUUACACACAGAGGGUGCAGUCAGGGAGAAGUGGGAAUGCAAAAUCGCCAAAUAGCACAAACAAUGAAUGUUUUCUAGUUACACAGAUGCCAAAAUAGCACUUUUGUAUUUACAAAGUGUUUUAUGCUUUCUAAUGAUUGCUAGUGUUUCUCACAUGCUCCCGAGGUAAAUCAGUAUUGCAAGCUAUGUCUUGUGUGACAAGCCUCUUGAAGGAAGGCUAAGGACCGUGGAUGGUAGAGCCUGACCUUUCCUGUUCUCCAGCUUGGUUGCUAGGAUGAGUUACGUUUUCAUUUAUACAAUACAAUAAGAACACUGAGCAUUCUUGUGCUUGAUGGAAGACAUAAAGCCUAGAAGGACCAAAGAUGUCCUUAUUGACAAAGCUGGCCUUUGUCACCUGAUUCUAGUGUCCUCACUAUGUUCUAUUUCUGGUAGGGGGCUGUAGUCAAAUGACUUGUAUAGAUUUUGGUUAUACUGCAAACCCCUCCCCUAGAUUAGCCUGUAGAGGUUAGCGUUGUGGCAGGCAGUGGUUUUCCUCACUGGAGCUUGUUACCCUAGACUGUUCAUGGAAGUCUCAAACUGUUGGACACAGUUGAAGGGGGAAAACCUGUACAAUUGUUUUUACGGUUUUCGUGAAGUUUCUGUGGAUGUUAGUGAUUUAUACUUGAUCAUUUGUAUUUUAGUAAUGAUCCUUGGGGACUAUAGGAAAGCUCUUUUUUGUCAUUCUAAGAAUACUUAAAAAUCUGAAGAACCCCCUGGGUUUGUGUGUGUAUUGCCUGCUGAUCUUGUCCACUAAAUCUGUUUAUUGUUCACAGAUGGAAACACUCUGUUUUGUAAAACUGAUUCUCUUCCAGUUUUCUUUUAUUGAAGAGUUACAUGUGCAAAGUCUAUGCCCAUUAUUUAUUCUGACUCUUGAAGUCUGAAUGCCACUUUUUAUGAGAUCUACUUAAAACAAUACAGCCAAUUUGUAAGUAAUCUUUAGUUCUUUUCUUUUUCCUCUUUUGAGACAGGGUCUCUCUACAUAGCCCUGACUUUCCUGGAACUUACUGUGUAGACCAGACUAGUUGUGGAUUCACAGAUUCACCUGCCCCUGCUCCCCAAGUGCUGGAUUACAGACAGGUGCCACUAUGACCUGUUUAUUAUCGUUAUUUUUUAAAUACACAUCUACCUCUUCUGGCUGUUUUAAGUUCUCUCAAGUGUGUGCCAGUGAAAUCUCAUCCCACUUUUGAUUCUUCAUGUAUAUUAGGGGCUUCGUUUUCUGUUUUGCCUUUUGUCAUUAACAUUGCACACAGGAUAGCCAUUAUCAAAUGUGAUACAUAUCAGCAGCUGUAGUGAGCGGGCUCAUGGGGAGUGGACAGGCAAGCCGGUGUGGAGUAAUGGCAGUAGACCUUUGGACUUCUGUUCUAUUGCCACAGGUCAGAGAAUCAGCUACUGUGUUAGUACCUUCACCCAGCAAACUACUCGGCAGGAGAAGCUGUUUGGCCAGCUCUAGUGGCGUAUAUGAAAUGUGAUUCUGUGUCUCUCACGUCUUCAGGGAACAUGCCUGCCCGAAUUAAGUGAGAGUCUGCACACCCAGGUGGUUAUUUCUUGUCUUCCGUCUUAGAAUGAUAGCGUUUCUUCAGGAUACCCUAGUGACUGUGACUCAUGCUUGAGAUGUUAAAAGAUCCCUCUCCAACUCAUUACUGAUGUUGGAGGCCUUUGUAUUAUUUAUUUCCUGGAGCGUUCAGUCAAAAGCAGGCUUCAUUUGCUGUCCUUUACUGAGGGCAUAAAUGACUUAGUUCUGAGGUGGAGUAAUAUGAGCAGUUAGCCCUUGGAGCCACGUGGUCUCUUUACAGCCCAGAGGCUGUGUAUAUGUGACAAGUGAAACUUAAAAAAAAAAAAAAAAGUGUUCAUAGACAAUCUGAACUGUGUUUCUGAAGUUUGUGCACACUUUUAUUGUAGUGCUAUUUUUAUCUGUUUGUUAAAGUAGUAAGUAAUUUAAUGAGUGUGCUUGUGGAUGUGGGAAUUGCCUUCUUUACAGGUUGUUUUAUUUAAUGAUGGUUCCUUGGAUGGCAUCUUGGUGUUCAGCAAUGAAUAUGGGAUAUUUGUCAUUAAAUUCCUAUCAGUCUUU